AUGUCGCGCGCGGCCUACGCGGAGCGGCAGCGCGCGUCGCUGGAGCCCGGCCGGCGCGAGGCCUUCUGGCUGCAAAAUGCCGUCGAGGAGCUCGACUGGUUCGAGCAACCGACGACGGCCGUCGACCUCGAGAAGCCGACGGGCCGCUGGUUCCCCGACGGCGUGUCGAACCUCUGCCACAACGCGCUCGAUCGCCACGUCGCCGCGGGCCUCGGCGCGAAGACGGCGAUUUCGUACGUGUCCACCGUCGGCGGCGCGAGCCGCGACCUCACCUACGCGGAACUCCUCGACGACGUGGCGCGCUUCGCGGGCGGCCUCGCGGCCCUCGGCGUCGAGCCGGGCGACCGCGUCCUGCUGUACAUGCCGAUGAUCCCCGAGGCGGCCGUGGCCAUGCUCGCGUGCGCGCGCUUGGGAGCCGUGCACAGCGUCGUCUUCGGCGGCUUCGCGGCGCGGGAGCUGGCGGCGCGCGUCGACGCCGCGCGGCCCAAGGUCGUCGUCGCGGCGACGUGCGGUCUCGAGGGCGCCAAGGGCGCCCUGCCCUACAUGCCGGCCGUCGACGAGGCGCUGGAUCUGGCGGCGCACGACGUGCCUCAUGUGGUCGUCGCGGCCCGGCCCGAAACUUCGGCGCGCUACGAGCUCAAGCCGGGGCGCGACGUCGAUUUCCGAGCGUUCAUCGCCGGGUCCGCGCCGGCGCCCUGCGCGCGCCUCGCGAGCGGCGACCCGCUCUACACGAUCUACACGAGCGGCACCACCGGAGAGCCCAAGGGCAUCCUGCGGGACAACUCGCACCCGCUCAUGCUCAAGUGGUCCAUGGAGCACUACUACGGCACGUCGCCCGACGAGACGUUCUUCGCGGCGUCCGACAUCGGCUGGGUCGUCGGCCACAGUUAUAUAGUGUACGGACCGCUGCUGCACGGCGCGACGUCGGUCAUGUUCGAGGGCAAGCCCGUGGGCACGCCGGACGCGGCUGCGUACUGGCGCGUCGUCGAAGCGCACAAGGUCGCGAACAUGUUCACGGCUCCGACGGCGCUGCGGGCGAUCCGCAAGUUCGACCCGGACGGCGCGCUGCUGGCGGACUACGACGUCUCGUCGCUCCGCGCGCUCUUCGUCGCGGGCGAGCGCGCGGACCCGGACACGGUGGCGCACUUCGAGAACCUGUUGGGGAUCCCGGUCGUCGACCAUUGGUGGCAGACGGAGAGCGGUUCCCCGAUGUGCGGCGUCCAGUUCGACGACGUCGGCACGGCGCUCGGCUCCUGCGCGCUGCCGCUGCCCGGCUUCGACCUGCGGGUCCUGGACGCGGGCGGCGCGGAGGUGGCCCGGGGCGACAUGGGCAGCAUCGCGAUCAAGUGCCCGCUGCCGCCGGGCUUCAUGACGACGCUCUACGAGGACGACGCGCGCUACCGCGAGGCGUACCUCGACGAGUUCCCGGGCUACUACAGCGCCGGCGACGCGGGCUACCGCGACGAGCACGGCUACUUCCACAUCCUGACGCGCACGGACGACAUCAUCAACGUCGCGGGCCACCGCCUGUCGACGGGCGCGCUCGAGGAGGCGAUCCAGGCGCACCCGCACGUCGUCGAGUGCGCCUGCGUGGGCGUCGCGGACGCGCUCAAGGGCAUGGUCCCGCUCGCGCUCGUCGUGACGACCGCCGACGCGUCCGAGGACGUCGAGGGCGCGGUCGUCCAGCUCGUCCGCGAACGCGUCGGCGCCGUCGCCGCGCUGCGCGCCUGCGCGCGCGUCGCCGCGCUGCCGAAGACGCGGUCGGGGAAAAUCCUCCGCAAGGCGAUCCGCGCGAUCGCCGACGGCGACGACACGUACACCUUACCCGGCACCAUCGAGGACGCGACCGUCGUCGACGACCACAUCAUCCCGGCCCUUGCGUCCCUCGGCUACCCGAGGACAACCUAA